GGAGGUCGGUGGGGGAGGAGCUGGCUGGGGUUGGUUUUAGGGUAGACGUUGCUCUGCGCCUUGGACCAGGAAUUCGGAUCCAACCUGAGCGAGAAAGUGUGCCCGCCUCAGAGAGAGGAAGGGAGAGAGAGAGAAAGAGAGAGAAAGACCAAUGUGAGAGAGAAAGACCAAUGUGAGAGAGAAUCGUCGAGGGCUGCCUCUAACAGGCGCCAAACCACGACACGGAACCUGCAAUCUAGGAUUCAUUGAAAAAAUCCUUAGUGAUAUUGACAUGUUUCGAGUGACAUAAAUUAGCCAGUGACUCGGAAUGAUGGAUUCCCCGAAGACUGGAAAUGGUUUGCCAGUGAUUGGACCAGGGACUGAUAUAGGGAAUUAUGAUUCUGCUAACAUCCUGUCAGAUGGGUAUUGCCCUGCUUGUAGAGAGAAGGGAAAGUUAAAAACCUUAAAGACUUACCGAAUUAGUUUUCAGGAAUCUGUCUAUUUGUGUGAGGAUCUACAGUGCAUCUAUCCUUUGGGCUCUAAAUCAUAUAAUAACUUAAUUUCUCCCGAUUUGGAAGAUCAUCUUGCUCCAAAUAAGCCUCAAAAAAGAAAGCUCUUGGAAAUAAGCUAUAAAGAUACACCUUCUUUGGCAGAUUCCAAAACGGUUAAAAGUUAUAGUGUUAUUGAUGGUGAACAAGUUUUGAACAGCAAACAUAAUGGAGAAGAAUAUGAGGAAACCUCAUCAGACUUACCUGACUCACUACACAGUGGUCAGCAGAGCCCAGUUAGGGCUGCUGAUUUAUUGGGACCAGAUGAGAUUUUGGAAGCUGCUGUUACUGACUUGGCUGCUGAAGAAGAUGCUACUGCAGUUGAUAGUUCUGGAACUGGAGAGACUGUUCCUCAAAAUGAAGGAGGCACAUCUGAACUGGAAAUGCCACUGGAGAACAAAUGUAUACUAUUUUGCCAGACUUCAUGUGUUCAGUGGAAAAAUUCUGAUGCCCUCUGUUGGUUAGACUGUCUCCUGUCACUAUUGGUGCACUUGGAAGUGGUAAAAAAGGCAGUGAUGACAGACCUGUGCCCUAACGAGGAAUCUCUGUUCUGGCAGUUGUUCACAAAGUAUAAUCAAGCUAGUAAACUUCUGUACGCCAGUCACUUGGAUGCAGUUAAAGAUAGAGAUUAUACAAAACUUAUUUCAGUAUUUGAAAAGAUAGAGACCUGUCUGAAUGAAGUCAGAAGUAAGAUUUUUAUCAGAAUUCAGCCUCAGCUUGGGUGCACACUAGGUGACAUGGAAAGCCCUGUGAUUGCAUUUCCCCUGCUCCUAAGAAUAGAAGCCCGCGUUGAAAAGCUCUUCACGUACUCUUUUUCUUGGAAUUUUGAAUGUUCACAGUGUGGACACAACUAUCAAAACAGCUGUAUGAAGAAUCUGGUCACCUUUACAGAUCUUGUUCCUGAGUGGCACCCACUUAAUGCUGCCCAUUUUGGUCCCUGUAGCAAUUGCAACAAUAAGUCACAAAUAAGAAAAAUGGUAUUGAAAAAAAUGUCUCCCAUAUUCAUGUUGCACUUUGUAGAAGGCUUACCACAUAACAACUUGCAACACUACUCAUUUCUUUUUGAAGGCUGUCUUUACCAAAUAACUUCUGUAAUUCAGUACCAUGCAAAUAAUCAUUUUAUAACGUGGAUUUUAUGUGUUGAUGGAAGUUGGCUGGAAUGUGAUGACCUAAAAGGCCCGUGUUGUAAAAGGUAUAAGGAAUUUGAAGUUCCUGCUUCAGAGAUACAUAUUGUUAUUUGGGAAAGAAAAACAGCCCAAAUGACAGAUAAAGCAUCUGCCUGUCUUUCACUUCAAAAGACUAAUGAUCAACAUGCUUUCAGUGAUGAGAAACAGCCACCUCCAGCAUUGCGUUUUACGGGUGAUGCUUCCUCAGCUGAAAUACCUUCAGGAACGUACUCCCAAAAUACAUCAGUUACUACUAAUACUCUUUCCCAGGAUAAAGCUGUAGCUCAUCAGCCUCAUUUACUUUCAGUUCCAAAAGGUUUGAUUGGCAAUGAUAUUAUACCUUUGACACUUGAAAAAGUACAGGUUAACUCUGAAGGUUUCCUAUUAGAAAAUACACCUGUGGCAGAAAAUGGAGUAGUCAUCAAAACAAAUACUUUGCAACCGCAAGAGUCACUAAUGGCUUCUUUAGUAUCAGCUCCAUGUAAGGAAAAGUUUAACCAAGACCAAUUUGUAGACUUAAGCUUUCCUUCUCCGAUUGUAAGUACAAACAUGCAAUCAGUACAGCCAAAUUCAGAAAAUACUAUAAUUACUAACUCUGUGACUAAUGUUCAUGCUACUGGUCCUAUACAGGGAGUAAAGUCAGUAGAAAUUGAAGGUACAGUUGCCCUAGAGAAGGAUGUUCCUGUCAACCAUUUUCUUUCACCAAAAACUGAGAAAUUAAAAACAGAACAACACAUUACACCUCAGGUACCUAAUUUGAAGAGAAAAUUUUCUCAAACCAUUGCUGAGUCAUCACAGAACCCAUCUCAGAGAGAAAAUCUGAAGAAACCAUUUAUGGGAAGUUGGGUUAAAGGCUUAUUAAGCAAGGGUGCUUCUUUUUUGCCACCUUGUGUUUCAGCUCAUAAUAGAAAUGCUAUAACUGAUUUGCAGCAUUCGGUUAAGGGGGCAAGUAAUUUUGGUGGCUAUAAAACUAAAGGUGUGAACCAGAAGGCUCACCGGGCAUCCCGGAAACCUCGUGCAAGUAAGCCUUCUCCAGCCAGUAACCCUCCACCAAGUCUUCCAUCAUCAGGUAGCAUGGCUUCUCCACAUGCUGAUGUUAAUGCUGACCUGGAAGUUUUGAAGAAACAUGAAAAUGCCUCAUAUGGAGUUCACCUCAACCACAGAUCUGGUGGAAACGAAAAUGGUGUUUCUUUAGCAAACCAUGAGGACUCCAUUGAGGGUCAGAUUCAUAAACUUCGUCUAAAACUUCUUAAAAAACUUAAGGCAAAAAAGAAGAAAUUAGCUGCCCUUAUGUCUUCCCCCCAACAUGGAAAACUCACAAGUGAGAAUUUAGAGCAUGUUUCUCAUUGUGGGUCUCCAAAUGAUGGCCAGUCAAUAGAAGAUGUGUUAAAAGAACUGCAAUAUCAAAUUGAUAUUGCUGAUAAUAAAUCUGGAAGAACCACUGUUGCUAGUGUUUCUCCAUAUAGUGGUCAAACUCAUGAAGAAAUUUUAGCAGAAUUAUUGUCUCCUACAACUGUUUGUACAGAACUCUCAGAAAAUAGGGAGGCUGACUUUAGAUAUUUAGAAAUGGGAGAUAACCAUAUCCCAGCACCAGUACCUAGUGAAUUAAAUGGUAUUCCCCCGAACACACACCUGAGACAGGACCAUAAUUAUUGCAGCCCUACCAAGAAAAAUCUGUGUCAAGUUCAGCCAGACCCACUAACAAACAAUGAGUGUGAUAGAACAUUGAACUUGGAAAGUUCCCUGAAGACUGAUGUUUUUGAUGAGUUUUUUUCCACUUCAGCAUUAAAUUCUUUAGCAAAUGACACAUUAGACUUGCCUUUUUUUGAUGACUAUCUGUUUGAGAGUUGUUGAAUGUUUAUUAAUGCUUUAAUAUUUAUUAUUGUCUUGGAAAAACUUAUUAUGUUCUUGAGUAGUGUUUAUACACUGGCCUUGUCAUGAUCAAAAUGUAAGCAGCUGAAGGUUUUGCCUUCAGUUCUGCCCGUAAAGCUUGUAAUUUGUUUUACAAAUUAAAGUGACCAGG